AUGAAUUGUCUUAAGCUAAAGUCUUAUGAGUUUGCUACAUCCAUGAUGAAUUCAAACCGGAUGCUUGAAAAACCUGAGGAUAUUAAAAAUUGGAUAGCAGUGUUGUGUCCAGAAGGAAAAACCUGUUGUAUUAUCACUCAAGAUUUAAUAUAAUAAUAAAUCAAUGUUUAAAAGAAAAGUAAUUAAAUAUAUUUUUGCGUUUAAAACAAAACCAAAUCAGUUAAUAUAUAUGGAAAUUUGCUCUUUCAUUUUCAAUCAUUAUUUCCUUAUAGAUGCCAUUACUAAAAAUUGUCCAUCACAUCGCAAGCAGCGUACUGUAUUAGAUUGUAUGUAUAAUUUCAGGUUGAAAAGAAAUUACAUUUUGGAUAUAGUUGAGUGGAUGGCAGUUUUGGACACAGAUUUUUAUUCACAUACUUACAUUGUAUUCAUAAUGUUAUAUGUGUUAGUAUAUAUUCAAAAAACAUAUUUUGUUUUGAUUUUAGGCUGAAUUAAGAUUUUACUUUAUACAAAGUAAACUUAGUGAAAUUUCAGAUAUCAAUAAAAAAUGAUUAAAAAUGAUUUAUUCAUUUGAAAUACAUGAAUAUUAUAUGGUAAAACAACAAUCUUAUAAUCAAACCUUCUUAUUUUAGCUAACAUCUUGAAUGAGAACUAGUGAACUGUAUCUACAACUUGAUAUAUACAACUGGAUAUGAAUUUUUCAUGAACAUGUUAAAUUAGAUAUUUUUAACUUAUACUAUCCAGGAAGUAUGUAUAUGAUACCAUAACUUUUAAUCUAAAUUAAUGAAAAGUUUGAUUUAAAUAGAUGGAACCAGAGAAAGAAAAACCUGCCAAUGGA